ACCCUACCUCCAUUCAUCUCUCACCACCUUCCCCUUGUUUAGACACCUUUUUUUACCUCUUUUUUUCUGCAAAUCACUCCAUUAAAUCCAAUACUCUCUCUCUCUCUCUCUCUCUCUCUCUCUCAGUUGGUGACAGAGCAUCUACAAUCACUCGCAAUAAUCUCAAAUGCACACUUGACUGUAGUUUUCUUGGGGUUCAAUUUGCCUUUCUUGUUUCGUUUUGAGCAUAAUCUUGAAAAAACCGAUCUGGGUGUGCUAAAAUACCUUGUUUUGCAUCUGGGUGUCCGAAGACCCAAUCAAAACCCUAAAUUGGGUUAUUUGGGUAAAUCGAACACGCAUUGAUUUCAGUUUUUCAAUUCUAAAUCUGGGUAUUUAUGGUUAAAUCAAUGAUGGGGAGCAAUAGUUUGGUUUAUCCAAUACUUGGAUUUGCAUCUUGUAUCGUUUUUCUUUACUUAUCUUUUGGGGAUUUCUUAUCUGUAAAUUACAAAAAUGAUCCCAAAUUGAGUUUUGUGGAGAGGAAUGGGUCUAAUUUCAUUGUGGAUGGUAAACUGUUUUACAUCAAUGGAUGGAAUUCAUAUUGGUUUAUGGACCAUGCGGUUCAUGAUUAUAGCCGCCCAAGAAUCAAAGAAAUGCUUCAAGCUGCAGCUAAGAUGGGUUUGACUGUCUGUAGAACAUGGGCUUUCAAUGAUGGUGACUAUAAUGCCCUUCAGAUUGCCCCUGGACAAUUUGAUGAGAGAGUAUUCAAGGCGUUGGAUUAUGUCAUUGCAGAAGCGAGACAAGUUGGAAUACGGCUCUUGUUCAGUUUAGUUAAUAACCUUCAAGCUUACGGUGGCAAGACUCAAUACGUCAAGUGGGCAUGGGAUGAAGGUGUUGGGUUGAGCGCCUCUAACGACUCCUUCUUCUUUGAUCCAUCAAUUCGCCUUUAUUUUAAGAAUUAUGUCAAGACGAUCUUGACGAGGAAGAACACAAUCACAGGAGUCAUGUACAGGGACGAUCCCACCAUUUUCGGGUGGGAGUUAAUUAACGAGCCACGGUGCAUCACCGAUGCUUCUGGUGACACCCUACAAGACUGGAUAGAAGAAAUGUCGUCGUUUAUAAAAUCAAUCGACAAGAAACAUAUGUUGACAAUUGGUCUUGAAGGAUUUUACGGUCCUAAAAGUUCUAAGAAGACAACGGUUAAUCCAGAAUUCUGGGCUGCUGAUCUUGGAGCUGAUUUCAUUCGUAACUCUGCUCCCUCAGCCAUCGACUUUGCAUCUGUUCAUAUAUAUCCCGAUCAUUGGUUUAAAAAGAAGAGUCUUGAAGGGAAACUAAAAUUCGUGGCGAAAUGGAUGCGUUCUCACAUUGAAGAUGGUGAAAAAGUGCUGAAGAAACCCGUCAUGUUUACUGAAUUCGGUUUAUCAGAUGAAAACAAAGGAUUCGACCCUGCACAACGAGACCAAUUCUACAAAACCGUUUUUGACGUCAUCUAUGAAUCUGCAAAGAAGAAGGGAGCUGGGGGAGGAUCGUUCGCAUGGCAGUUCUUUGUGGAAGGAAUGGAGGAUUACAAUGAUGAUUUCGGGAUCGUGCCAUGGAAGAGAGCUUCAACGUAUCAAAUCAUAACCGAACAUUCUUGCAGGUUAGCGAAAGCUCACGGGACGAUUGCUUCCCAAAAGGAAAACUUGAAACAAAUUUGUAGAUGAAAAAUGGUUUUGAUCAGAAGAAUUCAAAUUUGGUUUAUGGGUUUUGGUUGAUUUUGGGGAUGAAGAUGGUGUUUGGUUUUUUUGUGUAAGCCAUGUUGUUCCCGCCAUAUAUAUAUAAAUAGUUAUUAUUAUAUGAAAUCUUUGAUGUAGAUUUUUCA